AUGGAAGAAAAUAUCGACAAAAUACGACGCUUAAUUAUUGCAUCUUUUUAUAUUGUAAUUUUGCUUGGUUUACCCUUAUGGUGGAAAACUACCGAGGUGUAUCGUGCGCAAUUACCAUUUGCCGAAAUUGAAGAAUGGUCACAUUGGGAGGCAUUUGACUUGGAGUUUCCAACGCAUUUUACAAUUUAUGUUGCUAAUGUUGAAUCGGAUAAUAUUAAUUUUGCAAAUCUGUCUUCAAUUUUGGAAAAUUCGAUUAUAUCAAGAUACAGUGAUGCAAAAGUACAUAAUAUUAAGAAGUCAAUUCGAUUUCCAGUUAAGGUGGAAUCAUUAUACUGGGAUAACUGGACGGAUUACCUUCAAGAAGGGAAUUUUGGAACAUUAAAUUCGGUAAGUGAAAGUGGUCGAUAUGUAUUUUACAUUAUGCCAAAUACAAAAUCAAAUUUAAAAGCCAAAGUUUUGGUGGGAAAUCAAAGACAAGCUAUUAUAAAAAUAAAUCAUUGGGAUACGAAUGUGAUUGAAAAGACGAUUUCUGAUCUCAUAAUCAGUUUACUCACGCCAGAACAAAUUUCAAUCAAAAAAUUUAUAAUGGAACCUUCUCCAGAUUCAAAAGUUGAAGUAGAUAGCAUGAGGACGAUGAAAUAUUCACCACAAUAUCAAGUAACGUUUAGUCUCAUGAAUGGAGAUCCAUCGAACCUACUGGUGAAUUGGGAUAUAGAAAAGGCAGUAAAUAAAUAUUUGCAACCCUUUGUUGAUAAGAUCUCUGUGAUUUCAAAUUUGAUAGUAGAUUCACAAAUUCAACAUUAUGCAAGGUUAACAUUUGAACCACAUCAUAAAACAGAUGAACAAUUUUUUUCUUUAACGCCAGAAUUAUUGCCACAUUUCGUAAAUGCAGCAGAAUGGAAUCUUGCUUCUGCUGUUUCAUCAUAUCCAACAUUAAAUUUUAUUUUGUACGUGCCUUCAAAAGAGCAAAGUCCGUUAUACAUUCAAGAUUCUAAAGGUAAUAUCAUGGAAAGUAACGCCUUUCUGAUACCAAGAUGGGGUGGAGUAAUUAUCAAUAAUCCAGAUAGAUCCAACAGCUCUCAUGAUUUUUCAUUUGAGGAGUUAAAAUCGGUGAUGUCUAUAUUUUUAAUGCAAUUAAGAGGACUACUAGGCGUUCAAGAUGUUUGGAUUGAUGCAAAACAUGCUUUGGAUGAAACGAUUAGUAUCGAGUUUGUUGCACCUCCAAAUACAGCAGUCACAAUGUGGGAAUUUGACAGUUUAGUGAGGAGACGUAUCGCAGAGAACAUCGUGACUACGAUAUCAACAUUAAAAUCUUUAUCACAAUUAGUAACGGAAAUUCCAAAUAUGGUUGUAUUGGAUCAUAUUCAAACUGAGGUUUUGCUGGCAUUGGAUAAUUUAUCAAAGUCAUGCGCAAGUUUGCAUAAUAAACAGUAUGGUUUAGCCUUAUAUCAUUCAAAAAAGGCAAUUGAACUUGCGGAAUCCGCCUUUUUCGAUCCAACAAUGGUAUCAAUGCUCUAUUUUCCAGACGAGCACAAAUAUGCUAUAUAUAUGCCUCUGUUCGUUCCAAUAUCAGUACCAUUGAUUGUUGCACUUUUCAGAGAGAUUAGGAGUUUUAGAGAAAGACGAAACUGA